AUGAAGACCUUCCUGAGGGUUCGGCGGGUAGGGGCGGCUGCCGGGCCCCACUCCCUGAAGGUGGACAGCUCGACGAGGGUUACCGUAACCAAGCCCGCGACGAAAACACGCAACCCGGUCAGCGAGACCUUCGAGAGCGAAAACGUCAUGGAUGAAACAGUGGGACAGGCCAACGUGUACAGCGAAACCACCGCUCAGCUAGUGCAGGGGUUGUUCGAAGGGCGGGACGGAGUAGUCUUCGCGUACGGCGCCACAAACAGUGGGAAGUCCUACAGCAUAUGGGGCCCUGGCGACGAGGCCAACGAAGGCGUCAUCCCUCGCGCGCUCAGGGACGUCUACCAGCGCUUGGCCCGCGAAAAAAAGCUCAGCACCGUCGGCGGCGGUGACGGUGAGACGAGCGAGCCGCGACAACCGCCGCGUGUUAGCCUCCGCGUUCUGGAGGUCUACAACAACAAGGCCUUCUGCUUGCUCCCGAAGGACGGUGGAGAGCGCCGCUGGGUCGACGUGAGCCAGCUGGGGGAUGAGGUGCGCUUCACGGGCCUGGAAGAGUACUUUCCGGCCGACGUCAACGAGGCGCUAAGCCUCACGAGGAAGGUUAGAGGCCGCACGCGCGUCAACCGCACGGACCUCAACGCCACGAGCAGUCGGGCGCACACGGUGUUCAUGGUUCGGCUCCACCGCGACGGCGGUGCUGAGGCUGAUGGUGCCUCCGUUCUCACCAGGACCCGCGGCAGAGGAGGUGCCUUAACAGCUUCAGGCUCGGCAGCGGCGGUCUCGCACACUUCGGAGUUAUUUCUCGUCGACCUCGCCGGUUCGGAACGCCAGCACCGUUCGCAGUCGGACAAAGCGGAGGCCCUCAACAUCAACCUGGACAACAGCGACCUGUUCGCGAAGUUCAAGGAGAUGAAGAACGGCGCCGCUUCCGUCGUCUGCCGCACUCGGACGCUGACGGGCGUCCUGAGGCGAGUGUUCGUCAAGCCGACCGGGACGUCCUCGUCCUCCUCCUCUUCCUCCUCCUCUUCCUCCUCCUCAGGCAUGAGCUGCGUGAUGAUCGUGGCCGUUCAUCCGGCAGCUUCGGAGUACGGAGAAACCCAGAAAGUUCUCAGCAACUUGAGGCUUUCGUCGAAGGUAGUCCGCGUCGACGCGCCGGCGUCCAGAUCGAAUAUGACCGUCGAAUACGGGAUGAACGGCUGGCCGAUUAAACGCCAGAAAACUAGUGCCUCCAACGGCGGCCCCGCUGGAGCGGCGGGUGCGGCAACGAACGGGGGGAAGGGUAAGGGGAAGCUGGCCGUGGUGCCCGCCGCCACUACCGGGAGUGGGCCAUCCAGCAGCUCGACGCACGGUUCCGCGCUGCAGGACGACCAGACAUUGGAGAUUGAGCGGCUGCGCGCGAAAAUCGAGCAGCUAGAGGACGAACGGGCCAGGAUGGAGGAAGAAUGCGCAGGAAAGCUUGAAGAAGCCGAGGAUGAAGCGUUCAGGCUUGGCACAGAAGAGGGCAGCCAAGCUCAGCAGGAGUUGGAAAGAGAGGUGGCUGACCUACUCGAAAAGAUCAGGCGGAUGAAGGAGGAGCGUGAGAGUAGAUCCCCAGUAGGCGGAAAGACUAUGGCGGCGAUGGCUCAAAGCGCAAUGAAGCGGGAGGCUAGGCGCGCAGAGAGCGUGAGGAAGCUGGGAGAAGGCCACCACUAG